AUGGACAUUGGGAGCCCGCAGAGUGAUGACACGCCCAAGAGAAGAGGCCCCCGUACACCACCGCUUCCCCCGGCCGACCCUGGGCCCCGGAUAGAAAUCGUCCCGACGGUGAACCUGUGCAACCUCGCCCCGGCCGGCUAUGGGAUGCCCUCCUUCAAGCGGCACCCAGCCUCCACGGGAAUGCACAUGCAAUAUGGACAAGUCGCCUAUGGUUUGCAACAAAACGGCGUCGCUUUACAACCGCCACCUCCCCCUCCACCAAUGGUACGAACACGACCGUUUGAUGGGCAUGAAAUGAUGAGUCCGAGCAUAGAGUCGUCCACCUCCAGCCCGGCCGGCCGGUCCCCGUUUUCUUGUGAAGGCUCCCGUCGGCCAAGAACCCCUCCUCUUCCAUCGCCGCAAGAAAAACCUCCCGGAACCCCGACAAAUGCCCCGACAAAGAGCCUGGCGUUUGACCCGAUUUUGAUGGACCUGCUGCAUAGCAAGAAGCCUGCUGGCCCGCCAGGCGGUAUGAAGAAGGCUCGCGUUGACGCGAAUGGAUCGGCUCUGCUGUCCCCGCGGGGUACCGGCGAAGCGCCAGUUGCCCGGGAUACCGCCAAUGGCCACCGAACGGCCGAGGACGGGAAAAUUGCUGAAAUAACACGAGAAGCCGAACCACGCCCGUUGACAGCCGAAGAGCUGAGGAGAAGGGAGGAACGACGACGGCUGAAGGAGGAACGAGAACAGAGGGAAAGAAGAAAGAUGCUCGACCGCCAGCGGGAAAUAGACAAACGGACCAGAAUGGAAGACCGAGAUCACAAGAAGCGGCCAGAUGACGCUAGCCGGCAGAAACAAAAGCAUCGACCAAAGGAAGAUGAAAAAGCCAGCAAGAAAGAUGAAAAAGAAGAACGGCAUAAGCAUCGAGAAAAGGUACCGAAAAACGAAAAAUCAUCUACCGAGAAGCCCAAAGAGAUCGAGCACAAAUCCAAACCCGAAAAGCCACGUGAUGAAAAAGAAGAGAAGAGACUGAAAAAGGAGAGGGAAAGGGAAAAGAAGCUUGAGCAAAAAGCUCUGCUCUCCCCGACACUCCCAACGACGACACAUCAUCUGAACGGCCAAGGCGAACUGAAGAUCGAGAUUCCGGAGAUCAAGACGGAAAUCAAGGUCGAGGUGCAGGAAAAGCUGGUCGAGAUUGUGUCGGAGAAGAUUGUCGAGACAAAGUCAAUCAAGCAAGAAAAUGGAUGCGUGUCCGAAGAAGAAGUGAAGCCGGAGGUUGCGAAAGUGACCGAGAAGAAGAAAUCCAGACAAGAGAAUGGUGUCAGCUUGGAAGAACCGACUGUUUCUAUGGCCCCAGAAACAUCAAGGAAAAAUGGAGAGGUGCAGGAGCCGGCAGAACAGCAUCCGCUGCUUUCCCCAAAACCGGGAGAUGGCAAGCAGAAGAAAGCCGAUAAAUUGCCGAAAGUAUCGAGCCGGUUCAAAAAAUUCAUGCUGAUCGAGACGCACCCCAACGGCGGGGCCUCGAUGCUGAAGGCGAACUGGAAGGACCUCGGCCUUUCCGAGCAAAACGAAAUCCCGGUGUUCUGCGUGUGCGUCAUCGAGAAUGGGGCUAAUUAUCUGCAGGACGUAUUCGGCUACCUGGCAAACCACUACUCCAAUCUGCCGUGCAAAGUCGGCUCGUUGACGAAUAAACAGUCGGUGGAGACGAUGAGCCUCCAGGCCUACCACAAUCUCGUCAUGGAGACGUGUCAUCACGGCACCUUCCGAGCCGGCCCUCUGAACGCGUUGUCGAUGGUGGGCCCGAAGCAGGAGGAGUGUGGUGCUUUCUUCGGCGAACUGCUCGAUCAGCUUUCGCGGUCGCCGUUCCUGGGCCCGUUGAUGCCAUGGGGAUCGAAGAGCAUCGCCGAGCAUGAAGAUCCAGCUGAAAGUGAUGAUGGGCCAAUUUUCUGGAUUCGACCAGGCGAGCAGCUGAUCCGUACCGAUGAUCUGAAGGACGAAAAGGGCGGGAGGAAAGGCCGCGGCUCAAGGAAUCCACAAUCAUUCAGAAACCUGGAGCGCCGUGAGCUACUCUUCGAAGACCGCACGCCAUGCCACGCCGACCAUGUUGGCGACGGGCUGGAGAGGCGAACAACGGCCGCCGUCGGCAUUCUACAAGCCAUCACGGGCCAACACGAAAGGACCCGCGAAAACCGCGCCGUCAAAGACGUCGUGUGCUUCCACGCGGCAGAUUUCGACAAUAUCGUCGAGCGUCUGCAGCUCGACCUCUACGAGCCGCCAAUGUCGCAAUGUAUCCAAUGGGUCGAAGAAGCCAAGCUCAACCAGCUCCGCCGCGACGGGAUUCGCUACAGCAAAUUCCAGUUGCACCAUAAUGACAUCUACUUUUUGCCGCGGAUGAUCGUCCAUCAGUUCCGGACAAUAUCCGCGUGCUCGUCGAUUGCCUGGCAUGUUAGACUAAAGCAGUACUAUGAUGCCCCGGAGCCAAGCGGCGUCGCCCGGCAUCAUCAGAAGGAU